AUGGCUUCUCCAAAGCCAGAGAUUAGGGCCUUGCAACAAGAGCGUCUCAUCAGCAUCACGAUCGGAGAGAAUCGCAAGCCAAUUCAGAUCCAGCAGAAGGUACUCGAGGGUGCAUCUGACUGGUUCGCCAAGGCACUCAAGCGCGACACUUUCGUUGAGGGCAAGAACGGGAAGCUCAACUUUCCUGAUGAUGAUGUCGCGGCUUGGGAUGUUCUGAUCUAUUGGAUGGUCAAUCACAGGAUGUUUCCGAACGGUCAAGAGCGAGGUGAUGUCGUCUUGGUGACGAAAUGCUGGAUUCUUGGCGACAAGUACGAUAUCAAGCCAUUCCAAGACCAAGCAAUGUACAAAUUGAUCUGCUACCUCCAUUGCGUUAGUAUCGGCCCUAGCUUCCCGGCGGACGACCUCAACGCGAUCCUUCGUCUUUGCCCUCCCGGUUCCGUCUUGGGGAGGAUUUUCGCUGAGGAUCUCGCCAACGGACUCGCCUUCAAUGCGAUCAGCUGGGACUGGCUCGCAGGCCUCGACAUGGGUCAUUUGUGGAAAGAAUUUUGCAAGGCAAAGACUGUCUUGAAGAGUAAUCCGCAUUGGCGAUUUGCGAAUCGUCGCGGGAAGCCCCAAAACGAUUACAGGCCUCACUGGACUGAUUACAUGGUCGGAGGUUUGGCUGAGAAUACUUGGGCUCCAGUGCAGACGAUGGACAGGUCAGACUGA